AUGAUCCUGGUCAGCCCAGCAGCCGGAGCUGAGCUCAUGAAGAUGCAAAGAGACAGGAAAGUGUUUGGUGCUGUGUGUCCCAACCAAAUGGGCCAACAGGGGAGGAGAGCUGCAGGAAACAAAAAGGAUAAGCUGGUGCCAAGAAGCAGCAGUCCUGUCAGUGUGUACGCUGAGCUGCCCUGCAUUAUUGAACAAGCUUUUUCAACGAUUGCAUGGAAUGAUUUGGAAGAAUGUGCGUCUGUGGUGAGACGGGAGAGCGACUCCCUCUGCUCUCAGGUGAAUGACUCUGACGUAGAUGACCAAGACUUUGGAGAUUAUGGGCUGGAUUUCGUGGCAGAUUCUCCUGCCACCCUGGAGAGCAGUCUGUCUCCAGCUGAGCUGGUCCCAUUUCAGGGAUGUGUCAUCCCUCUGCUCACCCCUCAGCGGUACUUCUCUUCAGAGGACAGUCUGGCUCACUCAUCAGCAGGAGCAGGCAACACAUCUGCCCAAGAUGGAGCUCCCUGGCAGGGCAUCGCCCAGUGCCAAGGCAGGGUGUUGGGAGAGUCUAUGGAAGUCAACAAUCAGCUCCACGAGACUCUACACCGUAAACAGGAAGAGAUUGACUCCCUUCAAGAGAGAAACCUUUACCUCAGGCAGCUGGCCAGCCGUGCAAAGCACCUGGCCUCAGUGCUUGACAAACUAAUGACAGUCAGAGACCCAAAUGGAAGUGAACCAGUGAGGCCCUGUGGUGCUAAAGCGUCCCUCAGUCCCUGUAAGCGGCAGCGACUGGAUGAAGGAUAUGAAACAGAGUCUUCUGACUCAGUGGAGGACAUUUUGAGGGACAUCAGCACACGCUGCAAUGCCGUCCUGCACAGCACUGCCACCGGAACAUCCCUACCGCAGGAAUCAGAGACUAUACGUAUGUACGGAGCAUUCUCAGGCCUACAGACGUCUAUAUCCAAAGACAGCAGCAUGAUGGUGGAUGGAGCAGAGCCUGAAGAGACCGUCUCAUCCUUCAGAACUUCUAUCAGAGAGCACUGCACCAUAAGGACGCAGGUGUUUCCUCAGGGACGAGCCUUCACCUCCAGGACUCAGCAAGGAGGAUACCGCUUCCGCUGGGUGCCCGACCACAGCUGAAAUAUAAAAUCAGAUGUAUUAAAGGGCCAUACGUCUAGGAAGGAAGUGUGGGUGGGCAGUAAUUGUUAAUGCCUAACUAAAAAUCUAUAGUGAGAUCUGUAAAUGAUUACAUGAUGUCUUCCUCAGGUAGCUUGUCAGCUCAUCAGUCAGAGGUGGUGCCGGACAAAGGAAAUGAUACUGCCACAGCUUUUGUUUUCAUUGUGUUUCUGUUUACAGGCCUGAAAAUGUAAUGAUCUAGACAAUCAAUGGAGCAUGUUUACUUUUACACCUCAUAAGAAGUUUUGUCUUGGAAAACAGAAAUGA